ACAGAGAUUGCUGAGUUGGUGGGGCACUCCUCAGCAAGAUGGCUGCAUUGCUGCGCGCAAUAGUGGCAUCCUGGUGAAAUGACGCAAGCCACAGUUUACGUUCAGUCCUCGAGGCUCUGAGCUGCUCUCUCCAGUCUCCAUAGCGCAGAUCCCGCCCGACACAGCCGGAAGAGCGACCGGCUAUCCUUCAGUGGACCGAGCGGCACCGGUUCCUCUGAGUGAGAGUGCGAUGAGGAGAGCUUUCAGAGUGUGAGGCCAUGGGCUGCACCUCGGCCAAACAGGUGUCGGCUGUGCCCAAUGAUGAGGAGGGACGCGGCAAGGCCUACAGCAACGGAGACCUCUUCAGCGAUGAGUACAAGAUGAAGGGAGUGGAGGAGGUGAAGUACAUGAGAGGGGAUGAAAACCGGGUGAAUGCACGCAACCAGGAGAACCUGGAGAAGAGUAAUGUGCAGUACAAAGGAAAACAGCAGAAAGAGGUCGCUGCUGCCAACAUCAAGUCGAAUAUUCACACGUCAGAGAGCCAGCAGGAGUUUUUCAGGAUGCUGGAUGAGAAGAUUGAGAAGGGGCGAGACUACUGUUCAGAGGAGGAGGAAGAUGGGACAUAGCACAGAGGCCCCCGAGAUUUUACCCCCACAGAGAGCCUCACAGUGUGUGUGACAGAGUGUGAGAGUGAAUGAAGCGAGAAUGAGCUAUAUCAGUGUUUAACCAAUGGGGCGCUGAUGUGACGGGACACUUUAUCUGUUGGUAUGAGCAUGUGUGUGUUUAUGAACGUUUGGCAAAGAUAGUAUUUUAAUAGAAAGUGAAAGAGCGAGAGAAAGAAUGGGAUAAAGGACAUUUUCUUCAGUCUCCAGCCCUCCUUUUUUAAGCGUCUCAGCCCUUCAGGCCCCCCGAGCGGACAGAUGGAGGUGUUGGAGCAAUGAUGGGAUAGACAGAUGAGGGAGAGAUGGAGGAGGAUGUGGCACACAUCGCCAUGAAUGUGGAAAAAAAGGACUAGCAACAGUCAAAAACUGAGUUAUAUCCUCGAGCAGGACAACGUCCCUCCAUCUGUCCACUCGUGUCUGUUCUAUUCAACCCUGAAAUUUUUUCAUUGGACAAAGGAAGGCCCAAAUAAGGAGGCCCAAGAAGAACAAAAGUCUUUGUGUGAUGUGUGGUGAAGGCAGAGGAGUUACCAACAGCACCAGGAUCCACUCUGAACUUUUUGGCCUGCCUACCUACAGCCAUGGAGGAAGAAAAUGUGUGCGUGUGGAGAAGAAAUUUGUGAUAUUUUAAUAAGAGAGUAAAGAGAAAGCUGGCCAUGUAGAAACUCUAAAACUCCUCCUGCCUUCUGAAGUCAAGGACUUUUUUUUAACUGUUCUACGUUCACACUCGUUCAGUUGUUUGCCUCCUUUUUUCUGGCGUUCUUUUCUUCAGUUUGUUUUUACUCUUGGCUUCCUUCUUAAUAUAUCAUCAUCAUUGAUGUCGUUAUCUUCCCAUCACCGCAGCAGGCAGACUGAGGCUGCGUGCACUCAGAGCAUCUGUGUUUCAGCCCCAUGCAUCCUCCUUCGAUCCUCACUGACACACACAUGUAUUUUUAUUGUACAUAUGGCAACACACUCUUUAAAACAUUACUCUAACACACAUUUUAUCCUUUUCAUUUCACCAGCAGACGGUCAUGUGCAUCAAUCAGAAGUGUUCUGUACAGCUCUCUUUCUGCUUUGGCUCAGUGUUCACACACAUGCAGAGAACAGGGCUGAUCUGAAGAGGAGGAUGUGUGGUUGCAGUGUCAACACAGACCUGAUCACAUUUUUUGUUUGUCGUCAUCUUUACUGGAUACUUCCUGUUGUAUUAUUUUGAAUACUUUUUUUCUAUUAAAAAUUAAAACAAA